GGUUCGGCUUUAGAUUUUCUAGGACUCAUCAAGAAUGCAAAUCACAACCAAACAACCAGAACGAUGACAACUUGACUGAUUGUUGCAGUUGAGGGGCCGGGUAUGAUGUAUGCCUGUACUGUUGUUGGGAUGCCUUUGAUGGUGGUAGCCACGUGUGCGAAGAGGAGCUCUAAAAUUGUGGUAGCAAUUGGGUCAGGCAGGACGUAUGCAGCGACGUCUACCGCCUGUCCGUCGACGAUGUGCGCGUGCUUAUCUACUGGCGUUGGCUUGAGCGGCACGGUUCCGGCACGUUGUGCAUCGACGACUGGUUGCGCAAGGUACUCAGAGUGGUCGUUGAAGUAACUAGCAAUGAGCUUUUGGUCAGUAGGCGGACGGUCCGCUCCGGUUGAUUCGGCGGCUGAUUCCGCUGUGGCGAAGAUGGCUUCAAAUAGUAUUCGAGAUGCCCGUUGAAUAAACUUGCGAUGAUCGC